GUUAUGGACAUGCUGCCCCAGGGACUGAUGCGGGGAAGGCCUUUUGCAUGUUCUACGCAGUCCUGGGGAUCCCACUGACACUCGUCAUGUUCCAGAGCUUGGGCGAGCGCAUGAACACCUUUGUCAAGUACCUCUUGAAACGCAUCAAAAAGUGCUGUGGGAUGAGGAGCACCGAGGUCUCCAUGGAAAACAUGGUCACUGUGGGUUUCUUCUCCUGCAUGGGAACACUCUGCAUUGGAGCUGCAGCCUUUUCCCAGUAUGAGGAAUGGAGCUUUUUCCAUGCUUACUAUUACUGCUUUAUAACAUUGACUACAAUAGGGUUUGGAGACUAUGUGGCCCUGCAGACCAAAGGGGCCCUUCAAAAGAAGCCUCUCUAUGUGGCUUUUAGCUUUAUGUACAUUCUAGUAGGGUUGACAGUCAUUGGGGCAUUUCUAAAUCUGGUUGUUCUCAGGUUCUUAACCAUGAACAGCGAGGACGAGAGGCGGGAUGCUGAGGAACGGGCAUCCCUGGCAGGGAACCGCAACAGCAUGAUUAUCCACAUCCAAGAGGACUCCCAGCACGGUCGGCCACGGUACAAGGCCGAAGUAACAGACCUUCAGUCAGUUUGUUCCUGCAUGUGUUACAGGUCCCAUGAGUACACCAGCCGGGUGGUGUCCCACCAAAAUUCGUUCAGCUCGAAGCUGAACCCCCAGUACUUUCACUCCAUCUCUUACAAGAUAGAGGAGAUCUCACCAAGCACAUUAAAAAACAGCCUUUUCCCAUCUCCUGUCAGCUCCAUCUCACCUGGGUUGCACAGCUUUACAGAUAACCACAGGCUGAUGAGAAGGCGAAAGUCCAUUUAAAGUGAUUUGUCUUCUUUUGCUUUCCUUGUUUUCCCCAGUUCUUCU